CUAGCUUUCUGCAGAGGGCGUGUUGUGAGGGUGCCCAAAGGUCCUCUUAUUCGGGUCGUGGGCACGGAGGUGAUGAUCCCUUGCAGCGUUAGCGACUACGAUGGACCCAGUGAACAGAACUUUGACUGGGAGUUCUCCCGGGAGACUGACUUUGUGCGGAUAGUGAGUACCUGGGAUUCUACAUUCACCUCUGAGGAGUACCAAAAACGCGUGGGCCACGGGGAUAUCAAACUGAGACGGAGCAGCAACGAUGCUGUGGAACUUGUGAUUAGAAACAUCCAGCCAACUGACCAAGGGAGAUACAAAUGCUCCACACCCAGCACUGAUGCCACUGUUCAGGGAAAUUACGAUGCAGAGGUCCAAGUGAAAGUGAUUUCAGAUGGCUUAUCAGUGGGUGGUUCAAAAGCACGUUCCUCAAUGUCUCUCAGGCUGUCUGAGGGUGACUCCUUCAAGUUGCGUUGCUCAGCAAUUACCACCUCACCGGAGCACACUCACCUGCAUGUGACUUGGCAGAUCAAAAGUGGAUCGACUUGGAGGGACAUCCUAUCUUUGACUCAUGAGGGCAAAUUCCAGCCGGGUCCUGCCUAUGAAGAGCGCUACCGUAAUGGAGAUAUCCGCUUGGACACAGGAGCGAAUGACACAUAUCGGUUAUCUGUAUCCCAGGCCUCGUCAGUGGAUGGGGGUACCUACAGGUGCCUUGUGAGCGAGUGGGUGAGAGGGGCAGAUAGCUCAUGGCAGAAGAUUCAGGAGAAGAGCGUGGAGAUAGCAAAUGUGGCAAUCCAACGGACUGCUCUAGAUGUGGUCAUCUCAACAAGCAAUGUGUCUGUGACUGAAAGAGACUCCCUGGAACUUACAUGCAACAUCACAACAGACAGAAGUGGUAUUUUCCAAGCAGAGUUGAUGUGGUAUUUUUCUGCGUCACCUGAUGAUACCUUGUCAGAUGCUCAGGUUCUGCUGAGCAUGGACCGUGAUUCUGUUGUCAGUGAUUCAACUCUCAUCAGUCUGAGCCAUGUAGACAGGAACUCCUAUCGCCUCUUGGUGCGUGAUGUGGAAGACUCUGGCUACUACUUCUGCCAAGCAGCUGUCUGGGUACCACUGCACAAUGGGAGCUGGCAUAAGGUGGUGGAGAGGAUAUCUGCACCAGUCAGUGUGGUGGUGACAGCAUUAGAGCCAGACUAUGAGGUGUUUCUGAAUGCCUCUAAGACACCCAGGUUUUCAGAUGACCCCACAGAGCUGAACUGCAGGAUCACAAAUGCACAGGACACCGAAGCAAACAUCCGCUUCACAGUUUCCUGGUACUACAGGCAGCGCCUGCGCAGUGACGAUGUGGUGACAGAGGAACUCCUGGCCACGAUGGAUGCAGACUGGACUCUGCUGCUUGGGGACAGGAGCAGAGAGCGGACUCAGAAUGGGGAAAUAAUCUUCUCUAAAAAGGCUGUUGACACCUUCAGUUUACGAAUCCAGUGGACUUCAGAAAGUGACAGAGGGGAUUAUUUUUGUGUCAUCUCUGCAUGGAAUAGGCACCGCAACAACAGCUGGGUAAAGAGCAAAGAUGUGACUUCUGCAUCUGUCAGCAUUUUCUGGGCUACACAAGAUUACACGCUUACAGUGGAGGCAGUGAAAUUGAAGCCGUUCUUUGUAGCAGGCCACACUUUUGAGAUGACAUGCAAAGUGUCUUCGAAAAACAUCAAGACGCCACGUUAUUCUGUCCUCAUUACAGCUGAGAAGCCACUAACGGAUCAGUCGAAUCCCAAUGGAACCACUCGCAUAAUCUCAUUGAACCAGGAUUCAGUAGUGCGGCUGGAAGACUGGACAGACCAGACUCGUGUGGAUGGUGUGGUUCUGGAGAAGGUCCAAGAGAAUGAGUUCCGCUACAGGAUGUAUCAGACUCAAAUUUCUGAUGCUGGGCUGUAUCGCUGUGUGGUGACUGCCUGGUCUCCAGGUGGUGGUGGCAUGUGGCGUGAAGCAGUGAAUGGCUUAUCCAACCCUAUCCAGAUAGACUUCCAGACAUCAGGUCCUGUGUUUAAUGUCUCGGUGCAUUCUGACAACCCGACGAUUUACCAGGGUGAACUGGCAGACUUGCUGUGUAUCGUCACAACGGAAGGAAUGGCACUUGAGCCAGAUGAUAUGUCCUUUGAUGUCUCGUGGUUUGCUGUACGCUCAUUUGCGUUGGACAGAGAGCCUGUCUUGCUGGCCUCGCUGGACCGGAGAGGGAUUGUCACGCAGAGCAGGAGAAAUGGGAGCAGUGAUCUCAGCCUGGAGAGAAUCAGCCCACUGGAAUUCCGGCUCCGUGUGCAUGGCUGUGAGGACCAUGAUUUUGGGAACCACUACUGCGUAGUGACCCCGUGGGUGCGAUCUGCUACUGGCGUAUGGCAGCGGGAACCUGACAUCAAAGCUAAACCCAUCUUUCUAUCUGUGAAAAUGGAUGUUCUGAAUGCUUUCAAGUAUCCCCUGUUGAUUGGCAUUGGUCUGGCCACUGUCAUUGGACUCUUAUCCUGCCUCAUUGGCUACUGCAGCUCCCGUUGGUGCUGCAAGAAGGAAGUACAGGAAACAAGACGAGAGCGUCGCCGGCUAAUGUCGAUGGAGAUGGACUGAGCAUGGGAGCCAGACACACUUGCAUUUCAGGAGAGACUCACAGGACUCUUGGACUGUGCUGAGACACUUGCUCACAGGCCCAGGCAAGAUGGUGUGUUUCUUCUCUGAUUUCAGCCUGGACCUCAAGCUUCUCCUUGGUACACAUCAUGUCCUGAGAGCAUUCAGGCCAUAUUUAGCGACUCGGAGUUCUCCUUUUCCAGCAGCACUUUCUGCAUAGGGAUCGUGUCCUUCUAAUGUGCAAACUGUUGAGCCUUCUUUCAGCAGGGCCCUGUGACAAAAUUCACUAAGGUUUUUUUUGUUUUAAAUAUUUGG